AAUUCGUCAACACUCCCCAAGACUAGACCCAGCUCUCUCUCUCUCUCUCUCUCUCUCUCUCUCUUUCAGCUAGGGUUUCUCUCUUGGUUUUUUCCUUUUAAUGGUUUGGCACCUGUACCCGUCGAAUAUUGCACUCUUUUGCUACAGUGUGGUGGAUCAAUCCAAGCUCGAGGGAGGCGUGGUUUGAGCCCAAUGUGUUCGCCGCCAAUGCGAGCUCAUUCUGCGGCUGCCGCAAUUCGCAUGAGCGGGACGAAUGCGCCCGACGAUUCCUCCUUUUAGCUAAGAAUUUGACUUCGCACAUGUUCUUCUGGAUAAUUCUGUGGCAUUGACCAAUGGCUCCGAAGCUUCCAGCUGUAGUAGCUGCUAAGAUAGCCAUUGGAUCGAUUGGACGUGGAUAUGAUGUAGCGGAGGAUCUAAGGCUGAAGUACUGUAAAGGAAAUCCGACAGAUUCCCGAUUGAUUCAAAUAGAUGAAGAUGAUGGACGUGAGAUUGUUCUGCCUGGUGGGCUGUCGAUCCCGAAUGUCUCUAAAUCGAUUAAGUGUGACAAAGGAGAGCGUACUCGUUUCAGGUCCGACGUUCUUUCUUUCCAACAGAUGUCUGAGCAGUUCAAUCAGGACAUGUCUUUAACUGGAAAAAUACCUUCAGGCCUCUUUAAUGCGAUGUUUGAAUUUUCGGGAUCUUGGCAGAAAGAUGCAGUGAACACUAAGACCCUUGCCUUUGAUGGGGUGUUCAUCACUCUGUAUACUGUUGCAUUAGAAAAAUCUCAGAUAGUUCUCUGCGACCAUGUCAAGAAUGCUGUCCCGACGACAUGGGAAUCUGCUGCAUUGGCAAGGUUCAUCGAGAUGUUUGGGACCCAUAUUAUUGUUGGCAUAAAGAUGGGAGGGAAGGAUGUGAUAUUUGUGAAGCAGCAGCAUUCAUCUACUCUUCAGCCUGCUGAUGUACAGAAGAGGCUGAAGGAAAUGGCUGAUAAGAGAUUUAUUGAUGUUAAUGGACAGUAUAUGGCUUCUGAACAAGUUUACCAGCAUGAUAAGUUUGAUAUCAGGGGGCAGCGGCUACAGUUUGCAGAUGCCAGUUCAUCAAGUUCUUAUCUACUCAAGGAGGACAUUGCAACCAUUUGUAAGAGGAGAGGAGGGAGUGCUAGUAAGCACCUGUCUCAUAAUGAUUGGUUAAACACCGUUCAGUUGGAGCCUGAUGUCAUCUCGAUGUCAUUCAUUCCCAUUACCUCACUAUUGAGUGGAGUUCCGGGAAGUGGCUUUUUGAGCCAUGCAAUUAACUUGUAUUUAAGAUAUAAACCCCCAAUAGGAGAGCUCCACCAAUUUUUGGAAUUCCAGCUGCCCAGGCAGUGGGCACCAGUGUUCAGCGAGCUUCCUCUUGGUCCCCAGCGCAAGCGACAAAGCACCAGUUCUUUGCGUUUCAGCUUGAUGGGACCCAAACUAUACGUGAAUACCACCCCGGUUGAUGUGGGUAAGAGGCCUGUUACUGGCCUAAGGCUUUAUUUGGAAGGUAAAAGAAGCGACCGUCUAGCAAUUCAUUUGCAGCACCUUUCCUCUCUCCCAAAAAUAUUCCAACUCAUGGAUGAUCCGAAUGGCAACUUCGCCCAUGAAUCUUAUGAUAGGAAGUACUACGAGAAAGUCCAGUGGAAGAACUUCUCCCACGUCUGCACUGCACCUGUUGAGUCUGACGAGGAUCUUUCCAUUGUUACUGGUGCCCAAUUGCAGGUAGAGAACUAUGGGAUGAAAAACGUUCUUUUCUUACGACUCCGCUUUGCUACCGCAUUGGGAGCCGCCGUAGUUAAGCGUCCAGAGUGGGAUGGAUCUCCCGGAUUAGCAGCCAAGUCAGGACUCAUAUCAACACUAAUAAGUCAUCACUUCUCCACAGUUCAGAGACCACCGCCCAGACCUGCAGAGGUGAAUAUAAACUCUGCCGUUUACCCUGGUGGACCGCCAGUGCCUGUUCAAGCACCCAAGCUUCUAAAGCUGGUCGACACCACAGAGAUGACUAGAGGGCCAGAGGAGUCUCCUGGCUAUUGGGUUGUUUCUGGGGCGAGGCUCAUGGUAGAGAAGGGAAGGAUCUCUCUCCGGGUGAAGUAUUCAUUGCUGACUGUCGUAUUACUAGAAGAAGAAACACUCGAGGACCACUAGCAGUUCUCAUCUGGUCUUAAGCAGACGACGGAAUCCACUUAUAGUGGCGCACGCUGAAAAUUUAAACUGCCAAAGCAAAUAGCUGAAUUGAGGCAGAGCGGAAGGUAAAAUAUGCCUCGGAAGGUUUUUGGGCUUGAAAUGUUUCAGCUGGGCGGGCUGUGUCCUUGUUAUCAUUUUAAUCCAAAUGUGUAAAGCCAAAGCAAGCAAUUUCUUUUCCCAAUCA